CAUCUCUCGUUCUUCUAGUUCCCCCACUCUGGUUUUCUAUCUGGUGUUCUAUGUCUCUAAUUUAGCGUCACAAAGCAGGACUAGCUUCAUUCCUUCUUUUUCUAGGCCGAUGCCGCCUAAUAAACAGCCGCGCACCGAGCCCAUUGUCCGGGUCAGGACUGGCUGUUACACCUGCAGACGCCGCAAGAAAAAGUGCAAUGAAGCUAAACCAGCAUGUGGUGGAUGUGUACGGAACAAGCUCAGCUGCCACUGGCCUUCAAAUGUAUCAGCUGAACCAAGAAGUGAAAGUAAUUCAUCAUCAUCAUCGUCAACAACAACAACAACAACAACAACAACAUCAACAUCAACUAUUCCGGACCAGAAAGCGGCCCCGGACAAUUCCCAGGGUCUUGAAAAUAGCCAAAUCACCACCUGCCUAGCUAUUGGGAAUGUAAUACCACGAAGCCUUUCAAUGCUCCCGGGAUACAGUCCGGAGUCUUUCCAACUCCUGAGCCAUUACCUGGCUACCACCGCUGACUGCAUGGCCAAUGGAUCAACUCCUAUCAAUCCAUUUCUUGUCCAGAUUGUCCCACUUGCAUUUACCAGCGAUCUGAUGCUCCAGCUGGUUCUGACACAGAGCGCUGCGCACCGAGCGUUUCGUGCCCGGAAAGACGCAGACGAGGUCGCGGACAGCCAUUACACGAAAGCGCUGCGACUCUUCCGCAAAGGCGUGACUGACUUUAUCGACGGGAAAGAAUCCAAUCCUCUCAUGCUUACAGUUGGAGCGCUCGUGAUGUGCUUUACAGAGACCGCAAAAGGAGACAUGAACGGCACGAUAUUUGACCACUUAUCCGCGGCAAACUCCCUUCUAAUCCGGCUCCUCUCACACAGCGACACAGCCGUCCCCAAGGACCUCAAAGACUUCGUCAUCGAAUACUACACAUACACUGCAACAGUCAGCAUGAUCUCCAUUGACGCCCGCGUGAGCCCGCAACUGUUACUAAACUUCGAUCUGGAACAGCGAGCCCGACAUCUCCUGGCAUCGGAGUAUGUGGGCAACCUCUCCGGCUGCUGGCUCGAGCUUCUCUUACUCAUCCCUUGCAUCUUCGACCUGGGCCGAGAAUUCAUGAUGCACGACGGCGACGGCGAUGGCGAUGACCAUGAGCAUGGGCAUGGGCACCAUCAGCCCAGGAGACCGACGGCCGACAACAUUGCCAUGUACGGUUCGUUGCAGUGCCAGAUUAUGCGAUGGGAGCCUUACGCGUUCGUUACGCCCGAGGUGUUUCUCGCGGGGCGGAUCUUUCAACAAGCCAUGCUGCUUUAUCUGUUUACAUCGCUGGGGUCGUCGUUCUCGCGGGCCGCGAACGGCAUGCACCAAGCGUUGAUUGAGUCGGCCAUUGUAGAGGCCAUGUCGUAUUUGCGUCAGCUGUCUGCAACAGUGCGCAUCAACUCGGGUCUUUGUUGGCCGAUCGCGGUCGUGGGGUCUUGCCUUGCAGACUCGGAGCAGCAGCAGAAUGAAUUGAGGCUUCGGCUGACCACGAUGGUGAAUACAUUCGGACUGGGGAAUAUGCAGAGAACUCUACUUUUACUGGAGCAUAUGUGGCAGACGCCUCUUGCGGAGGCCGGGCCGUGGAAUAUCUGCCGCGUGAUGCAGCAGAAGCAAAUCUGGAUCUCGUUUGCAUAGUGAGGAAGUAUUUCCAAUUGUUCAG